AUGAUAGAAGAAAUAAUAAAGGGCAAAGCAGCAUGUCUUGGCAAUGCACCAUGUCUUGGCAAUGCACCAUGUCAUGGCAAAGCACCAUGUCAUGGCAAUGCAGCAUGUCAUGACAAAGCAUCAUGUCUUGGCAAUGCACCAUGUCUUGGCAAUGCACCAUGUCAUGGCAAAGCACCAUGUCAUGGCAAAGCACCAUGUCAUGGCAAUGCAGCAUGUCAUGACAAAGCAUCAUGUCUUGGCAAUGCACCAUGUCAUGGCAAAGCACCAUGUCAUGGCAAUGCACCAUGUCAUGGCAAAGCAUCAUGUCUUGGGAAUGUGCCAUGUCUUGGCAAUGCACCAUGUCUUGGCAAUGCGCCAUGUCUUGGCAAUGCACCAUGUCUUGGCAAUGCGCCAUGUCUUGGCAAUGUGCCAUGUCAUGGCAAAGCAUCAUGUCUUGGCAAUGUGCCAUGUCAUGGCAAUGCAGCAUGUCUUGACAAUGCGCCAUGUCUUGGCAAUGUGCCAUGUCAUGGCAAUGUACCAUGUCUUGGCAAUGUACCAUGUCUUGGCAAUGUGCCAUGUCAUGGCAAAGCACCAUGUCUUGGCAAUGCACCAUGUCUUGGCAAUGCGCCAUGUCUUGGCAAUGCGCCAUGUCAUGGUAAUGUACCAUGUCAUGGCAAAGCAUCAUGUCUUGGCAAUGCACCAUGUCUUGGCAAUGCACCAUGUCAUGGCAAUGCACCAUGUCAUGGCAAUGCACCAUGUCAUGGCAAUGCACCAUGUCUUGGCAAUGCAGCAUGUCUUGACAAUGCACCAUGUCUUGGCAAUUAUUUAAAUAAACAAUCCAUCCAAAUAUACACCAAACAUUGUUGA